AGGAUUGCGCUCGACUUCACAGCUUCAGUGAGUAGGAGGAGGGGGGGCGCACGCGGGUUCUGGCACUGGAACGUUAAAUGCUAUUAUUGCCGUUUUAAAAGCCUUGAUAGUUACAGCUCAAGCGCGAGGAAUUGCUGUAUGAAAGACAGAGGAAAAGACCUGCAGUUUUUACGGUAACUGUCGGGUGAGGCAAACCUCCGAGAUGAGUCAGUGGCUCGAGCUGCAGCAGCUGGACUCCAAGUUCCUGGAACAGGUGGACCAGCUUUACGAUGACAACUUCCCCAUGGCCAUCCGCCAGUACCUCAGCAACUGGAUCGAGAGCCACGACUGGGACCAUGUAGCUAACGUGGAGAACGAGUCGCUGGCCACGGUGCGGUUCCAUGACCUUCUGACGCAGUUGGACCACCAGCACAGCCGCUUCGCCAUGGAGAAGGACUUCCUGAAUCAGCACAAUAUCCGCAAGAUCAAACGCAACCUGCAGACUCUGUUUGGGGACAACCCUGUCUCAAUGGCCAUGAUCAUCAGCAAGAACCUGACGGAGGAGAGGAAGAUUCUGGCAACUGCCCAAAUCUCCGAGAGCUCGACGCAUAACGCUCAGAGCGACAUGAUGAUCGAGAAGCAGAGAGAGCUGGACAGCAAGGUGAAGGACAUCAAGACCAAAGUACAGGAAACAGAGCAGAACAUUAAGAACCUGGAGGAUCUGCAGGACGAACACGACUUCAAGAGCAAGACUCUGCAGAGUCAUGAGGAGCUAAAUGGAACGAUAUCGCCGGAGGAUCUGAAUCGUGAGAAACUCUACCUCAAAGCCAUGUUCAUGAAACUCAAUGACAUGAGAGGGGGGGUGGUUGGCCAACUGUCAGAGGUGCUAAACUUGGUGGAGCAGCUGGAAUAUGAGCUGAUCACAGUGGAGCUGUCCGAAUGGAAAGGACGCCAGCAGAUGUCAUGCAUCGGAGGACUCACCAACGUCUGCCUCGAUCAGCUGCAGAACUGGUUCACAGCGUUGGGUGAGUGUCUACUGCAGGUUCAUCAGCAGUUGAAGAAGCUUCUGGAGCUGGAGCAGAAGUAUUCAUACCACCAGGACCCCAUCACCCUGAGCCGAGGCUCGCUGGAGGAGCGUGCGCUCACACAGCUUAAAACACUGAUCACCAAUUCCAUGGUUGUGGAGAGACAGCCGUGCAUGCCCACACAACUUCAGAGGCCACUGGUGCUGAAGACUGGUGUUCUGUUUACUCUCAAAGUCAGACUACUGGUGAAACUUCAGGAAUUUAAUCACACGGUUCGGGUAAAAGUGCACUUGGAUAAAGAUGUGACGGAGAAGAGGAAAGGUUUCCGGAAGUUCAACAUCCUCGGAACGAACAUGAAAGUGAUGAACAUGGAGGAGUCGAUCGGGAUGGCUGCUGAAUUCCGACAUCUGCAACUGAAAGAGCAGAAGGUAGCAGGAAACAGGACAAAUGAGGGUCCACUGAUCGUCACUGAGGAGCUCCACUCUUUCACAUUUGAGGCGGAGCUCUGCUGGUCAGGACUAGUCAUCAACUUUGAGACUUCGUCUCUGCCUAUUGUGGUGAUCUCCAAUGUUAGCCAGCUACCAUGUGGUUGGGCCUCCAUCAUGUGGUACAACAUGCUGACCUCUGACCCCAAGAAUCUGUCGUUCUUUGUGAGCCCACCCUCGGUGAGUUGGGGUCAGCUGUCUGAGGUGCUGAGUUGGCAGUUCUCCUCCAUCACCAAGCGAGGCCUGAAUGCUGAGCAGCUGAGCAUGCUGGGACACAAACUGCUGGGUCCAAAAGCGGCCAAAGAUCCUGAGGCUCAGAUUCCCUGGAAUAAAUUCUGUAAGGGAGGCAGUGAAAAGAACUUCACGUUCUGGUUGUGGAUCGAGGGAAUCCUGGACCUGAUCAAGAGACACCUCCUGAGCCUGUGGGACGAGGGGUGCAUUAUGGGAUUUGUUACUAAGGAGCGCACUAAGUCCCUGCUCAAUGAUAAAGCUCCUGGAACUUUCCUGCUGCGAUUCAGUGAGAGUAACCGAGACGGCGCCAUUACUUUCAGCUGGGUCGAACACACCCCCAACGGUGAACCACAGGUGCGCUCAGUCGAGCCCUACACUAAGAAAGAGCUCUCGGCCGUCUCUCUGGCUGACAUCCUCAGAAACUACAGAGUGAUGGCGGCCGACAACGUCCCUGAGGACCCCCUGCGCUUCCUGUAUCCAAACACGCCCAAAGACGAUGCCUUCUGCAAAUACUACUCCAAACCUGCUGACAAACACGAACCGAUGGACGUGGAUAAGAAGUCGGACGAUUACAUCAGAACCACGCUCAUCUCCGUCUCUGAAAUGCAAAACCAAAGAAAACGCCUCCUCAACUCUGAAAUGCUACAUGGGAACCCAGGAUGGUCUCCUCAACACCAAGUUCAGCAAGUGACGUCAAACCAACAUGGCUGCUCACAGCAUGAACAGAAAACGUCGGAGUAUAACGACAUCAUGAUGCCGCUGUCGCCCGAGGUCUACGGAGAACUGGAGCGUAUGGUACGCAGCACACUCAACCAUACUCGUGAUCUGACUGGAGAACUUGGAGAGCUGUGCUGUAACCUUUCUGACGAGUGACGAACCGACAGAGCCGGCAGACGUUCACCCAUCAUCUCAACCUACAAAACAAAUAAGGAAAAGCGCGAAUGAGGUUCAGCACAUCCUCUUCCCACUCACACGGCUUUUUCUCGACGCCGCACCCACAGGUCCUAGAACAGAACAAAAAAAAGGAAAUAAAUAAAUAAAUAAAUAAACGUUUUAAUGCACCUUACAUGUUAAAAGCACUUACCUGCUGCUGAUGCACUUUUCCUCUCGCCUUUGAAAUUAGACAGCAAGGUGUCGAUGCACCAAAAAUUUGAGAGAGAUAUAUAUAUAUAUAUAUAUAUAUAUAUA